CCAUAAUACCACACGCCUCCUUUAUAUCAUCCCAUCUUUCUCGACAUUCCAUCAUCUCACCUUUUUGUUAGAGUCGGUCAUUCUGUACGGAGUAAUAUCUCUGUCUUUUGUAUCUUUCUCUUGAGCUAUUGUUUUACCUGGUGGCCGUUCCAUUUUUCUGGGAACUACCAAUACCGAACCGAUUAUUGAAGUCAGAUCCCCCUUUCGCGUCUGGAACGCGCCCACCCGCUUUCGCAUAGCAAAGGAAAAAAUUAGCCCAAAAAAUCUCAUGUUUUCUGCGCUCGAAUUCCGACAGAGAUCUAUACCGACCUCAUAACGACUUAUAGAUUGUCUUCUAUCUUACAGGGCUGAUAACUGCCGAUGCGGGUUUCGGACGACAUGUUCACCCCCAGGCAACAUCCUCUCAAAGAGGGUCGCUCUUUUCCGGGGUUGCCAUAUGCCGGACCACCUCGGAGGGCACUCAAAAAUCGCCAAACAGCCAUCAUUAUUCUAGUUCUAAUAUGUGUUCCAUUAAUCUAUUUCCUCUCAUCUUCUGGCUCCGACCCGACUCUCCAAUCACGACCGAGGACCCCCGCCGAUAAACUGAAAGAGUAUACGGCCGACCCUGAAGUCGUUCUCAAGCCAAACCCCAAUGCACCACCACAGCAGCCGAAUGUUCCAGUGCUUGAUCCGGUUGCCGAGUACCCAGCCAAUCCCCAAGGACAAGGCGAGGCACCGUUCAAAGCACCCUCCGCUGAAGAACUUCUUCAACCCGUGGUUCCGGCAGAUCCUCGACCUCCAGCCCAGGAUCCAAAAUCGCCAUCCCGUGUCAGCCAAGAGGGUGGUGAAGAGCCCAUUGACGAGGAGCCAGCGAAGCCGCCGAAAGGUUCAACUCAAAAGGCAUCGACGGCAGAUUCUACCCACUUUUCUGAGCGUCCCAAGUUCGAGAAGGCCUUGACCCGAGUCAUCAGCCUCAUGCCUGGCGAGAUGGAAGGUCGAGACUUACUUCGCCCUGUUGAAGGCACCGGCAAGGAGAAGUUGCGGGAGAUGGGUCUGCGAGUUCGUGAAUAUAAGAAAUUCUUCGAGGCUUGGGAAGACCUUCAUCUGGCCUUUGACGAGGAAGGUGGUAGCUAUGUUCGGGACGAUGUCAUUCAGUAUCUUCGCCAUCACGUUCAUCAAUCGACAUCCGACGACCUGGCGGAAUCAGGAAUUGCACAAACCAUUCAUUCCUACGAGGCGUACCGCUAUUUCCUGGUCAAGUUUGGCCAGUUGCUUUUCCCGUGGACGGCGCCUUAUUUCCCUGAUCAUAUGACCUUGCACUCCCACUUCAAAAAGGGAGGGCGAGGCCUUGUCCUUACGGCCGGAGACGAUCAAGCACCGUAUCUCUUGACAACCAUCCCCAUCUUCCGAAAACUAGGAUGCGACCUUCCAGUUGAAGUCAUGUAUUUGGGAGAUUCCGAUUUGAGCGAAGAUUAUCGUCAGGAUCUGGAGGCUCUCGAUGGUGUCGUGACGCGAGACAUUGCCCAAAUGGUGAACGAUGAGGGCUGGAAGUUGGCUGGUUGGGCAGCCAAACCCUUUGCAAUUUUGCAUUCCAGCUUCCGAGAAGUCAUCUUCAUCGAUGCGGACAGCUUGUUCAUGAAAAACCCAGAAGUAUUGUUUGACGACCCGGCCUACCGAAAAACAGGUGCUCUUUUCUUCAGAGACCGACUGAUCAUGCCCGAGUCGAAGAAACGUUGGCUUCAGCAGAUUCUGCCCAAACCAAUCUCGAGACAGGUGAAACAAAGCCGCUUCUGGACCGGUGACAGUGGUCACCAGCAGGAAUCUGGUGUGAUUGUCGUUGACAAGUGGAAGCACUUUAUUGCCCUUUUGCUCGUUACGAGAAUGAACGGCCCCGACCGAGAUGGUAACAAGGACGAGGGUAGAGUCGGCGUCUACGACAUGGUCUAUGGUGACAAGGAGACAUUCUGGCUCGGAUGGGAACUCGUGGGCGACCAAGACUACGCCUUCCACCAAGGUGACGCCGGCACCAUGGGUCUCGUACAGCCCCCCAAGCCCUCGGAAGAGGAGAAGAAGGACCGUCCCAAGAAGAAGGUGAUGACGAAGAAGAAGCAGAUCCAUCUUGACGCCGACGGCAAUGAAUCGGAGGAAGAGAUUGAGGUCGAAGAGGAGGUCGACGACGAUUCGGUGGCAGUGCCGGAGGUGAAGAGCGAACCUGAAACCUAUACCAUUUGUUCACCACAACUUCUCCAUCUCGACCUGGACGGCAAUCCAUUGUGGUUCAACGGUUGGCUCCAGGACAACAAAUUCGCUGACAAGAAGAAGAGGAAAUUCGGCAAGUUUGAACACUACCUGAUCGAGCCUAAGGAUAUCCGAGAGCCCGGGGCUUGGCAGUUGGAAGAGAGCAACAUGUGUUGUUUGACGACCGACGCUCCUCUCAAGAAGGACUUUACACAGGAAGAAAAGGAUCUUUUGAAUAUGAUGAUACAACAGGCCAGAGAUGUUGGUAUGAGUGGUUAGAUCUACCUCAGUAGCUAGGUAUUUUUGUUUUGUUUUUCCCCGGGUGGUUCGGAAUCUGGACAAGGCAUAUUAUAUAACACCAUUUUACCACACAAAAUUCGCACAAUGUGAGAUAUGAAGGGCACAAGCAUUUGGCUUUGGGUUUUGGGAUACCCAUCAUGGAGCAUUAUUCGAAAAUAAAGGAGUUGUGGGUUUGUUUUUCCCUUUUGUUUUAGGGGAUUACAAG